AUGUCUCGCGGAAAUUUAGUAGGAACAAACAUAAUUCUUUCCGAUCGAGCUCAACCUUUAGCAAAUUAUCCACAUGCUAAAGUAAUAGCAGGAUUUAUUUUUAUAUCUGGAAUUUCUUGUCGAAAACCUGAUAAUACAUAUGAAGGGGUAAAUGAAUUACCCAAUGGUGAAUUAGAACUUGAUAUAAAAGAGCAAACUCGCGCAGUAAUUAAAAAUAUUGAAAUAAUUCUUAAGGCAUCAUCUCCAGAAGCAUCAUUAAAUGAUUUAAUAGAUUUAACAGUAUUUUUAAUUGAUAUGAAAGAUUAUUCCGGAUUUAAUGAAAUUUAUAAUGAAUUUUUUGAUGCUAAAACUGGACCAACUAGAACCACCGUAGCUGUUAAACAACUUCCAUCGCCAAAAUUAUUAAUUGAAAUCAAAGCCACAGCUCGGGCACCUUGA